AUUUUGAUGGGCACGCAGUCAUCAGAAAACUGCCUUUAAAAGGACACCUCUGGCUGCAGUAGAUCACAUUCAUCAGCCAUGAGGGUGCUUGUGCUAGCCUUCACUGUUGCCCUUGCAGCUGGUUACCAGGUCAACUUUGCUCCAGAGUUUGUCACUGGAAAGACCUACGUCUACAAAUAUGAAGCCUUUGUUAUGGGUGGCAUGCCCGAGGAGGGUCUGGCAAGGGCCGGAGUGAAAAUCCGCAGCAAAGUUAUGAUCAGUGCAGCGUCUGCUGGCACCUUCAUGCUGAAGCUUGUCGACCCGGAAAUCUUUGAGUACAGUGGCAUCUGGCCCAAAGACCCUUUCAGCCCAGCCACCAAACUCACCUCGACCCUGGCUGCUCAGCUCUUGACGCCCAUCAAGUUUGAGUAUGCCAACGGUGUUGUCGGCAAAGUCUUCGCACCGGCUGGCAUCUCUGCAACUGUGCUGAAUGUCUUCAGAGGAAUCCUCAACAUCUUCCAGCUGAACAUCAAGAAGACUCAGAACGUCUACGAGCUGCAAGAGCCUGGAGCACAGGGUGUGUGCAAGACCCACUACGUCAUCAGUGAGGACGCAAAGGCCGAACGCAUCAUGUUGACCAAGACUAAGGACCUGAACCAAUGCCAGGAGAGAAUCAUUAAGGACAUCGGCUUGGCUUACACUGAGAAAUGCGUUGAGUGUGAGGCUAGAGGACAGAUCCUGAAGGGAGCCGCUGCUUUUAACUACGUCAUGAAGCCAGCAUCCACAGGUGCUCUGAUCUUGGAGGCAACUGUUACAGAGUUCAUCCAGUUCUCACCUUUCAACAUCAUGAAUGGCGCUGCCCAGAUGGAGGCUAAGCAAGUCCUGACCUUCCUGGAGAUGGAGAAGAUCCCAGUGGAGCCCAUCAGAGCUGAGUAUCUUCACCGUGGAUCCCUGCAGUACGAGUUUGGCAGCGAGCUUCUCCAGACACCCGUCCAGCUUCUGAGGAUCAGCAAUGCCGAGGCUCAGAUCGUCGAGACUCUGAACCACCUGGUUACCUUCAACGUGGCCAAGGUCCACGAAGACGCCCCUCUGAAGUUCAUUGAGCUCAUCCAGCUGCUCCGUAUGGCGAGAUUUGAGAGUAUUGAGGCCCUCUGGACUCAGUUCAAAACUAGAGCCGAUCACAGACACUGGAUCCUGAAUGCCGUCCCUGCCAUUGGUACUCAUGCUGCUCUGAGGUUCCUGAAGGAGAAGUUCCUCGCUGGAGAGCUGACUAUUGCUGAAGCUGCUCAAGCGCUGCUGGCAUCUGUACACAUGGUGACAGCUGACCUCGAGGCCAUCAAGCUUGCAGAGGGCCUGGCUAUGAACCACAAGAUCCAAGAGAACCCAAUGCUGCGUGAGAUUGUCAUGCUGGGCUACGGCACCCUGGUUUCUAAAUACUGUGCAGAGAACCCAACUUGCCCAGCUGAGCUUGUGAGGCCCAUCCAUGACCUUGCCAUCCAGGCUGUUGCCAGAGGUGAUAUGGAGGAGCUCAUUAUCGCUAUCAAAGUCCUGGGUAAUGCCGGACAUCCUGCCAGUCUGAAGCCGAUCAUGAAGCUCCUGCCUGGCUUUGGAAACGCUGCUGCUGGUCUGCCACUCAGAGUUCACAUCGAUGCUGUUCUGGCCAUGAGGAACAUCGCUAAGAGGGAACCCAAGAUGAUCCAGGAUAUGGCUGUUCAGCUGUUCAUGGACAAGACUCUCCACCCAGAGCUCCGUAUGGCUGUUGCUAUCGUAAUGUUUGAGACCAAGCUGCCCAUGGGUCUGGUGACUACUCUUGCCGAUGCCCUCUUGAAAGAAAAGAAUCUGCAGGUCGCUAGCUUUGUCUUCUCUUACAUGAAGUCCAUGACCAAGAACACCGCACCUGACUUUGCCUCUGUUGCUGCAGCCUGUAACGUUGCUGUGAAGAUCCUCAGCCCCAAAUUUGACAGACUGAGCUACCGCUUCAGCAGAGCUCUCUAUGUUGACACUUAUCACAACCCCUGGAUGGUGGGUGCUGCUGCCAGCGCCUUCUAUAUCAACGAUGCUGCCACUGUUUUGCCAAGAGCCGUUGUGGCCAAAGCUCGUACCUACCUGGCCGGAGCUUACGCUGACGUUCUUGAGUUUGGAGUAAGAACUGAGGGAAUGCAGGAGGCCCUUCUGAAAAUGCCAGAGGUACCUGCGAGUGCUGACAGGAUGACCAGGAUGAAACAAGUUAUGAAGGCUCUUUCUGAGUGGAGGGCUCAUCCUUCCAGCCAGCCCCUGGCCUCCGUGUAUGUGAAAUUCUUCGGACAGGAAAUUGGAUUUGCCAACAUCGACAAAGCCAUUGUUGAUCAGAUCACUGAGUUCGCCAAUGGACCAGCAAUUCGCACUUACGGCAGGAGGGCUUUGGAUGUUCUGCUGUCUGGUGUCGCAGUUCAUUACGCUAAACCCCUGCUGGUUGCCGAGGUCCGUCACAUCCUUCCCACCACCGUUGGUCUGCCCAUGGAGCUCAGUUUCUAUACUGCUGCUGUGGCUGCUGCAACUGUUGAAUUCCAAGCCACCGUGACACCACCUCUGCCUGCCAACUAUCACGCUGCCCAGCUCCUGAAGUCUGACAUCAGCAUGAGGGCUGCCAUUGCUCCAAGUGUUUCCAUGCAUACCUAUGCAGUUAUGGGAGUGAAUACUGCUUUCAUCCAGGCUGCUCUGCUGACAAGAGCCAGAAUUCACACAAUUGUUCCCGCAAGGUUGGAAGCAAGAGUUGACAUGAUUAAGGGCAACUUCAAGCUGCAGCUCCUGCCAGUUCAGGGCAUCGAUAAGAUUGCAGCUGCAGUUGUUGAGACUUUUGCUAUUGCAAGAAACGUGGAAGACCUCGCAGCCGCCAAAAUCACCCCAAUGAUUCCAGCUGAAAUGGCAGCACAGGUGUCAAGGGAGACCUUCGCUUCAAGGAUCUCAUCUAUGGCUUCCACUAUGGCUGGUGGCUUUUCAGCAUCAUCUGAAAUCAUUCCCGUUGACCUGCCAAGUAAAAUUACCAACAAAAUGAGACUCCCCAAGGACUUCGAGAAGAAAAUGUGUGUGGAAAUCAAAACCUUUGGUUUCAAGGCAUGCACUGAGAUUGAAUCUCGCAAUGCGGCCUUCAUCAGAAACGUCCCACUCUACGCCAUGAUUGGAAAACAUUCCAUCUUGGUUGAGGUUGCUCCAGCUGCCGGACCAGUCAUCGAGAAGAUUGAAAUCGAGGUUCAGGUUGGAGAAAAAGCAGCAGAAAAGAUCCUCAAAGUGAUUAACAUCAGCGAGGAAGAGGAAAUUCUUGAGGACAGAAACGUCCUAAUGAAACUCAAGAAAAUCCUGGUUCCUGGUCUGAAGAACAGGACUGCAGCUUCCUCCAGCUCCAGCAGCUCUCGCUCCAGCAGCUCAAGCUCCUCCUCCAGCUCCUCCUCUCGCCGCACCACCAAGUUGGUCGACGGUAUCGCUCCGAUCAGCAAGGUAAUGAAGAGCUCCAGCAGCUCCUCCAGCAGCCGAUUGAGCUGGGGCUCCUCCAGCUCAGGCUCCAGCAGCAGCCGCUCUUCCAGCUCCAGCUCCAGCUCCAGCUCCAGCUCCCGCUCCACCUGGUCCAACUCAUUUUCCAAGCAACACGUAAAGGAAAUGAAGUUCAUCAAGAACCACAUCCACCAGCACGCCCUCUCAGACCGCGCCAACAGCAAGAGCAGUGCCCACAGCUUCGAGACCAUCUACAAUAAGGCCAAGUACCUCGCGAACGCUGUCACUCCUGCUGUGACCAUUCUCAUCCGUGCCGUGAGAGCCGACCACAAGGUUCAGGGAUACCAGAUUGCAGCUUACUUUGACAGAACUACCGCCAGACUGCAGGUCAUUUUUGCCGACCUGGCCGAGAACGACCACUGGAGAAUCUGUGCCGACGGUGUGAUGAUAAGCCAACACAAAUUCAUGGCCAAGGUCACCUGGGGCAUUGAGUGCAAAGAAUACGACACUGAAAUCACGGUUGAGACUGGCGUUGUGGGCAAACAACCUGCAACCCGUGUGAAGAUUACCUGGGAGAAACUUCCAAAGGGCAUGGAGCGCUAUGCAAAGAAGCUCUCUGCGUACAUUUCCUGGCUCAUUAAAGAAUACGGAGUAAGCCUGGCAAAGGUCAAAAAUGUUCGUAAUGAGAUCAAACUGUCUGUGGCUGCUGCUUCUGAGUCAAGCCUGAAUAUUGUUCUGAAGACACCAAAGAGGACUAUUUACAAACUUGGUGUGGGUAUCCCCGCCGCUCUGCCAAUCGGAGUCACUGCUCAAGAGAUGGAACCAUUCCAGAGCAACUUGGUUGACAAGAUCUCCUACAUGUUCACCAAAGCUCACGCAGCUGAGUGCACCAUGGUGAGAGACACACUGGUCACAUUCAACAACAAGAAAUUCAAGAACGAGAUGCCCCACUCUUGCCUCCAGGUUUUGGCUCAGGAUUGCACCCCAGAACUUAAAUUCAUUGUUCUGCUGAAGAGGGAUCAAACGCAGGAACAGACCAGUCUCAAUGUGAAGAUCGCAGACCUUGAUGUGGAGCUGUAUCCGAAGGACAAUUCUAUCAUGGUGAAGGUUAACGGAGUAGAAAUCCCCAGCACCAACCUGCCAUAUCAUCAUCCCACAGGCAAAAUUCAGAUCAGACAGAGCGGUGAGGGCGUCGCUCUCCAUGCUCCAAGCCACGGUCUCCAGGAGGUCUACCUUGAUCAGAAUGCCCUGAAGGUUAAAGUUGUGGACUGGAUGAGAGGACAGACCUGUGGACUGUGUGGAAAGGCUGACGGUGAAAUCAGACAGGAGUUCAGCACACCCAACGAACGCGUGACCAAGAACGCCAUCAGCUACGCUCAUUCCUGGGUUCUGCCUGGAAAGAGCUGCCGUGAUGCCUCUGAGUGUUACAUGAAGCUUGAAUCUGUGAAGCUGGAGAAGCAGGUGAUCCUCCACGGCGAGGAGUCCAAGUGCUACUCUGUUGAGCCCGUGCUGCGCUGCCUGCCCGGCUGCCUGCCAUUGAGGACCACCGCCGUCACCAUCGGCUUCCACUGCCUACCCGCUGAUUCUAACCUGAACCGCGCCGAGGGUCUGAGCAGCAUCUUCGAGAAGAGCAUUGACCUGAGGGAAACAGCAGAAGCCCACCUGGCCUGUCGCUGCAACGCUCAGUGCGUUUGAUCGCAUAGCCUUCAGUCAUAAUGUUUUUGUUUCAUACAAGUACUUUCAAUUACUUUGUUUGAACUGUAAAUUUAAAUAAAUCGCAGAAGCAUAUAUUGUCUGAAAUUCUUUACAAAUACAGCUGUUAAAUGUUAAUAAAGCAUAUGAAAGAUAA